AUGAGUGGAUCAUACAGUCUAUUACAUUUUAAGGAAUGGAAGGAGAUGAGGUCAAUUUUCCAGCAGAUUCCUCAGAUAGUCUUUCUCAACGAGGAAGCGUCGCCUCAUCUGCAACACUUUCCCGUGCCCAAGAUGUGCUUGUAUAUCUGUUUGGAGAGAGAUGUUUUUGCCUUUUGGCUGUGUUCUCCAUUACUUGAAUUGCAGUUAAAACCAAGACACCAGGCUUAUAAAUUAUGCAGACAAUGGCACGACCUGUUGUAUCGCUUCACAGAGGCCUCAGAGGAGGACAUAUCACAAGAUGAGCCUUUUCUUCAGUAUCGUCGAAAUGUUUUUUAUUCCAAAACAAAAGAACUCCUGAUUGAAGAUGAAGCUGUUCUAAGGCUUUUGUAUGAAGAAGCCAAAAACAACAUCCUGACCGGACGCUAUCCUUGCGAUCCAGAACACUGGACCAGCCUUGGGGCUUUGAGCCUGGCUAUAGAAGAAGGGAUUGGUAUAGAGAGCCAAAAGCUAACGUCUGUAAUUAGAGAAAAGAAGUUGUCAUCCUUCCUGCCCCCUCACGUCGCUUUGGGAAGUGGAGGACUAUUCUCGACCCUGAGAGGAAAGUCGAGUCGCCAGGCAGGUCUGGAGCAGAACCUUUUAGAAGAAUACAGAAAGAUCGACAUAUCAGCGGGGAGUUCCUCUGGGUGCACACCGCUCUUACACCAGUAUCUGAACACCUGCCACUCUCUGCCUUAUUAUGGAUGUGGCUUCUUUGAUGGGGAAAUUGACAAACCUGCUCAGGGGAUCCUGCAAAGAGGACGAAGGAAAGCGGUUAAUGUUGGAAUCUGUCUUGAAGGAGUGUAUGUUAUGGAUGUAAAAGAAAAGCAUGUACUUCUGGGUCUGAGGUUUAGUGAACUGUCCUGGGACCACACCUAUCCUGAAGAGGAGGGGGAUUCGCAUAUACUGUGGCUGGAGUUUGAUGGAGAGGAAGAUGGAACGCCUGUCAAUAAACUCCUCAAGAUAUAUUCAAAACAAGCGGAGCUCAUGAGUGGCUUCAUAGAGUACUGUGUGGAGCUGAAGUGUGUAUCUGAGGCAGCAGCAGCAGCAGCAGCUGACUCAGACGGACAGACGAGUCAUUCUGAAGCUUCUGGAAAAGAUUCGAGCAGCAAAAACGGCAGAGGAGGGCGGCGGGGUUUGCUACGCAGACAAAGCAGCGUUGUCUGCAGUCGUGUCCACUCACUUAACACGAUUAGCUAUGUGGAUAACGGAAAGGAAAUUAAGCGCUUGAAACCAAAAAGAGCUGCUUCUUUCUUCACUCGGCAGGCAACUUUAUCCACCUACUCUGCUGUUCAAGGGGCAGACAAUCUGGAGCAGGGUUACAAACCAGGAAGUAGCAGUGGUGUUGCAGGAGCAGUGGAAGGCUGCCGUCCUGGCUCGUCUCUAGUCUAG